GAGAACCAAGUCGAAAGGGAAUCGAAAUGCAUAAGUUGAAGUCGUCACAGAGGGACAAAGUCCGUCAGUUUAUUGCCUUCACAAACACGGGCGAAAAGACCGCAAUAUACUGCCUAUCCCAGCACGACUGGAGGCUAGAGGUUGCGUCGGACAGUUAUUUUGCACACCCGGAUUUUUAUUAUAGGGAGCCCAAACCAGCAGUCGACAAGAAGUCAUUAGAAAAACUAUACCACAGAUAUAAAGAUUCUCAUGAUGAAGAUAAGGUGCUCGCCGAUGGAGUGGCAAAGUUUUGCGACGAUUUGAUGCUCGACCCAACGAGCAGAACAGUUCUAGUCAUAGCAUGGAAGUUCAAGGCUGCAACACAAUGUGAAUUUACCAAGAAGGAAUUUACCGACGGAAUGACGGACUUAGGAUGUGAUUCAAUUGAAAAACUUAAGACGAAGCUUCCAACGCUGGAGAACGAGCUCAGAGAUCCAGCAAAGUUUAAAGAUUUUUACCAGUUUACCUUCAACUUCGCCAAGAACCCUGGACAAAAGAGUCUUGAUCUAGAUAUGGCAAUAGCAUAUUGGAACAUAGUACUCAACGGAAGGUUUCAAUAUUUGGAACUCUGGUGCAAAUUUCUCACGGAACAUCACAAGAAAUCGAUACCUAGGGAUACAUGGAACCUCUUGCUUGAUUUUAGUAAUAUGAUUUCAGAUGAUAUGAGCAAUUACGAUGAGGAAGGAGCGUGGCCAGUGUUAAUAGAUGACUUUGUAGAAUUCGCAAGAUCCACAUCACAAAACAGAAGUACAAGAGUCUGACGGAAGGCCCCCCUCCCUCUCCAUUGUUGUCGCUACCACACUGUUUCCAUAGCAACCGCCCGCCAACCUCCCUCAUCACUAUGUAAAUAUAUGCAUAUUAUACUCCAUAACUCCCUUAUGGUUCUAACCUCAGUAUAGAAAAUCAUAACUUCCACGAUCACUCUGGCGGGCUGGGAGGGGGAUUCAUUAGGGGAGUGGCUAAUGGACUUAAAGGGGGAGGAGGAUUUGGACGGCAUGUACACAUUCAUGUUGGUCCUGAAUGGAGCAAGUUCGGGCGAGCGACUAGACUUGACCAGAAACUGUGACGUAGCUCUCAAAUUGACUAUACUCAACCAGUGCAUGGUUCGAUAUGGUCAAUCUCCCUGUGUUCUAUGGUUUCUGGUUAGUCUAGUAGGUCUAUUCAAGUAAAAAUGAUUGGGCUCAAUUUCGAAGAGCUGCUCAGGCAGAAAUUAUUGCUCGAAAGUUUACUGAGUGAAAAUAAACAAGAUACCAGUCACAUGUAUUGCAUUUUGGCUGGUAACCUUAUACCGGUAAACAUGAUUUUGUCGUAAUCAGCCACUUUUUUGCCUGAACAGCCUCUUUGGAAUAAAAACAUCAUUUAUGAAUACAAAAUUGCUGGUAAACAUUUUACUCAUGAAACUGCCAUGAAUAACUUUAAUUCAGCAAUCUUAAAUAGAUAAAACCGGUCUUCAACAUCGGACAUAAUUAUUAUGAAUUUUAUAACACUAUCCUGUUUCAAAUUUCCAAUUUUGAAUUUCACCUCCCUCCAACUUCAUCAUCUCCCCUCCCCCUCUCUUCUUGAGAUCUUGAAUUAUGUUUCUGAUAUUUAUAAUUUUUAAUGUAAUUAUUUAAUUAUUAUAGAGUUCUUUCUCCUAUUCGGAUAAUGCUGUCAACGGUCUGUUUUGAAAAAAAA